AGAAGGGCAGACAAGCCGGCGGAUCUUCAGUAAGCGCAGCAGCAGCGAACGAAAGAAACUUUACAGGAGAAACGGUGACGGUAUCGAGAGGCGGACGGCUCUACUGUGUAUUAUUUGCUGGACUAUACUGGAACACAGCGGCGGGACACUGAAGACGCUCGGCGCGCUGUUUUUAAAGCUAUAAAUCCCCGUUAAGCUAACGUUUAAGACGACAUUCCCGCUUGUUUUUGUGAACUACCUGGAAGAACAGCCAUGCUCACCCUCUGCCUCGUGUUGAUGUUAUCCACUGCCUCCGUCUUCUCAGAGUCGCAGGUGAGGGAGACGGAGACAUGGAUGCCCAUGAAGAGCUCGCAGACGGCCGGCGUGUCGACACGUGGCGGCGAUCUGGAUGCUUCGGGAGACGCCCCGAUCGGCUCAGACUUCGGCUUCACAGGCGAUGAUGAUGACGAUGACACGUACGACAAUGAAGAUGACAAUGAAGAUUACAACGACUUCUCUGGAUCUGGUGACGCAGACACGACCAUGUCACCUGACGAGACGACAUCAGUGAAGCUCGACAUUAUUGACAAUAAGAUCCCUGAGCCAGAGCGCCCGGUGCGACCAACCGUCAACGAGAUGGAGAUGGUCGAGAAGAACGAGAUCCCUUUCAACAAGGAUCGCGGAGAAGACAACCUGUCCAAUGUCCUCAUGUCCCACACCGGCAACGAGAGCAUCCUGAGCAAGACGGAGGUCCUUGCAGCUCUGAUCGCGGCCCUCGCCGUUGGCCUGAUGUUCGCCAUCCUCCUCAUCCUCUUCCUCAUCUAUCGCAUGAAGAAGAAGGACGAGGGCAGCUACGAUUUGUCGAAGAAGCCCAUCUACAAGAAGGCCCCCACCACAGAGAUCUACGCAUAGACCCCGACCUCCUCCUGCUCCUCCUCCUCUCACAACCACACACAAUCACACACCUCACUCCCUUAAAAACCCAAUCAGGGCCGGCGUCUGGCCUCACCAUGCCUCAUUAUCAUCAUCAUCAUCAUAAUACCUCCUCCUCCUCCUCACUUUUGUCCAGCAGAGCGAUGCUGGGUAAAUCGGGAGAGAAGCCCCGACAACACGAUCGACAGACUGGCUCCUCCCUGAUGUGCGCUUUAUUACCGACGCUCUCUGAACCAAUCAAAGGCUUCGCUUUCUCAGAAAAGGAAAAGGAGCGACAGGAGUGGACUGUCUCAACUGCCAUGAUCUCACUUCCUCUCCAACAGGACAAGACUCUUCCCUUCUUUCCUUUAAAAACACUAAAAUGGUACUUUUAUUGGUCCAGUUAUUUAUUCUCUCCUCUGAACCUGCAGCUUCUAAAGACUAAAGAGGUUUUCAUGAGAAUUUUUUUUUUAAUGCCAUAAUGAGAAAAACAAAAAGUUGGUUUUAAUCUGAAAGUUGUGCAGCGGUUUCAUGCUCCGUUAGUGGCCCUGUAUAGAAGUGUUGUUUCUGCACUGUAAGACGAUCACUUCAUGUUCUGUAAACCUUCAGAUGCAGCAGAGUUCAUUAAAAUGAUCUUAAAAGACUUUUUAUUUUCCUUCAAAGCUCCUGGUAUGUUUGGUUCCUCCUCAGCACGUAGCACCAGACAAGUGAGUCGUACCAAUCCCUGAAAGGAAUUUAUAAACUGUGGAAGACCCCGGGUUAUACACGAGCACGUCGUAGCAGCGAGGCGUUGACACUUUCGGAUGUAGACUCGCUCACUUUCCCGCAGAGUUCGAGCAUACGAAGCGAUAUCCGAAUAGCUGCUUAGCUUAGCUUAGAAAGUGAAAAGCGUUAGCUGUGCUCGAAGCUGUUUCAGCUAAACGCUACUAUGUGUGAAGUAGCUGUAAACUCAUCAAAUUAAUGUUCUCGACUUAUAAUGUGCAGAUUUGGGUUUAACCAACUUUUUAAGCAUCAAGUCAGUCUGACAGCAGCAUUUAAAGUCGGGUUUCCUCAGCUAAUGUUACGCUACAGUAGCGUCGCUAAUGUAACAUUUGGGGAUUUUUUUUUUUCUCCAUAAAUUAAGAUUAAAAAAUGAAGCGUUGAUGUGGUCUUUAAUUCCGUUAGUUUUUUUUUUUUUGUUUGUUUUAAAUCUAGCUAGCCGAUUGAUUUGUGCUAAGCUAAGCUGACUGUAAUGUAAUUUUGACCAAACGUGAGUGGCUUAUCUUUUCUCAAAUUUGCCAAAUUAAAAUUGAUUCCUUCAGUUCUUUCAGCAUUGAGGUGCUAAUCCGUGUAAAAGUUGAGCUCUGUGAUUGCAGAAACAGUGCUUUCUUUGCUAUGUUUGUUUUUGUUUUUUUUAAAUCAUGGGGUUGAUGCUUUUCUCAAUAAGCUACACCGACUGUUUGCUGUUUAGUUUUUAUAUUUUCAGUCACAGUUCUCGGAGCGAUCCUCGACGCCGUCGUAAGCCGGUCCAAUGCUCGGCUGCACACGCGGCAUUCAGACUGCUCUACCAAGGAUUUGUACAUAGUCAUUAAAUAUCAAUUUUAAAAAAGCUUAAAUAUAUUAACUUGGUACUCAGCCGUGUUCUGGCAACAGAAAUAUCUACCAAAUAUUUAAAUGCCAAAUUGUUUUGUUUUUGCUCUUUGGUUUCCUCACAGUAACCUUCAUGUGCUUUACUGUAAAUGUAAGUUUUGAUACUACCGAUGCUAAUACUAACGCCUCUAAUGUCCUCCAGUGUUUUAUUUUCCCACCUGUAGAUCAACUAGUUCCCCUCUGUUAUUAUUUUUUAUUAAUUUAACUGUCAAAUUAUUUUAUUGCCUUCCUUCAGGUUUGGGUGUUCACCCUUAAGCUGUUGUAUAUGUGAUUUUUAAAAGUUUUAUAUACACUAGUUUCAGAUUUUCAGCAAAUAGUUUUGAAACUUUUUAUUUGGUAAGAGUGUCUAUCUUUUAGACUUUUUUUUGUUUGUUUUUUUGUUGGUUUUUUUGCUUUUGUAUUUAUGGUUUUGUUUUUUGUAGAAGGAUUGAUUAUGUGGUUGCUGUACGUCUCUUCAUUCGAGGGAUGUUGUGUCGAUGAGCCACGUUGCCGUCAGCAGAGCUCGGGUCGAUUAUUGGCUGCAUAUUUUUGUGACUCUGAACACGACCGGCGUCGCGAGCAGCCGCAGUUACAAAAACACUCGUUUGAGGCCUGAUAACUGAGAAAUGCUGCUGCCGUGUCCUCCGGUGUGCCGGGAGGAAUGAGCUGACCUCGGACUCGGACAGAGGAGUAAAUCUGAUCAGAUUACGAGUUUAAAAAAGAAUAUUUCAAAAAGCAGUCGGUGGUCGGCCCCAGGUCUGAGUCGGUAAACAUGGGAGGGUAUGUUCUGCUGCUUAAUGUCACAAAUACCACACGUGAAUCAUCAUCGGAGUGGAGCCAAUGAAUCAUUGGUUUCUCAAUGCUGGUUCUGAUUUACUGAAAAUAAAGUUAUUUUUAUGCACAUUAA